GUUCAAUUCCGAUCUACGGUCUAGAUUGUUCUCCACUGUAACCCCUCUGUAGACGCGCACACAUCGGAUACUUUCUUCCCACGCUUUAUAUUUUCUGCUGCCUGUUUGUUUGCGUUUAUUCACAAAUUAAAUUCUAAUUUCUAACCCCCUCUUCUUCCCCAGAAAUCCGCCGUCUGCAAAAAUGCAAAAGGAGAACGUUUCGUACGAUUCGUUAAUUACUUCCUCCGCCGCCGCCGCCGAUAAAUCCUCCGCCUCCGCGGCGUCGAUGCUGCACUUCUCCGGCGGCAAUCCGUUCCUCUCCCCCAAUUCACCGACCUACGUGAACUCCGACGCCUCAUUGUACACCUCCCUCUUCCAGAACCACUCCCCGUCGGAAAACGCCUCGUUCGACGGCGGAGACACCGAUCGCCGCCUCCACGACGCCAGCCGCGUCCUCGAGUACCAGCAGCUCUACAACGACUACACACUCUGCCUCGCUCAGCUCUGCGAUUCCGUCGAAGAGGUGGAAGCGCUCCGCCGCGAGAAUGAUUCCCUCCGCCUCUCCAAUGCGGAUCUCUCCCACCGAGUCGCCUUACUUUUCUCCCGCGAUCGGCUUCUCUCCGGCUUCAACCGCCUCAACCUCGGCUCCACCUCAGCAGCCGCCGCCGCCGCGCCGCCGCGCGCGGCGGCGGCUCACAUCGCAGCAACUCAACCUCUCACCGUACGCAAUCGAGCCGAUCGGAAGGGAACUGAAAGAGUUACGCUUCCGAAGAGCAUUUCGGUGCGAUCCAGUGGCUAUCUGAAGAUGCCUCGACCGAUUUCCGACGCGACUGAGAAUAAAGCACUACUGAGUCAACCCGCUGCUGCAUCGCAGAGGGUGUAUGUACCAGCAGGAUCCAAAAAGGAAGAACCACUGGAGCUGGAUGUAUACAACCAAGGAAUGUGGAAAACCGAGCUCUGCAACAAAUGGCAGGAGACCGGCGCGUGUCCGUACGUCGACAACUGCCAAUUUGCCCAUGGAAUCAAAGAGCUCCGGCCGGUGAUCAGGCACCCACGCUACAAGACAGAGGUCUGCCGCUUGUUGCUCGCCGGAGGCAGCUGCCCGUACGGCCACCGCUGCCACUUCCGCCAUUCUCUCACUGAGCAGGAGCGCCUCACGGCGGCCGCGCCACCACCACCACUACCUCGUUGAUAUAUUAAUUUGGUGAGUAAUAAGAAAUCGAAAAUUUCCUUGAUUCAAUUUUGGGGAUUAAUUAAAAUUGGGUACUUGUAAAGUGGUUGAUCCUAUAAUUAAUUUCAUUUUUGAGUGAUGCAUUGCAUUCAAUACUUUCAUCAAAUAUUCGGUAUAAAAUUUUGCUUGCUAUUCGGUAUAACUUGGUAAAUAUUUACACAUUUGGAGCAAGUCAUAUAUAUGUUGGUUAAAGAUAUUGUAAUAUCGUUGUUAAUAUUUUGUCGCUAUUUUUAUAUUUUUGGAUUUAUAA